CCCGCGGGGCGGAGCUGAGGCCUGGCGGCCCCGCUUGUCUAGGCCGCGUUGCUAGGGGGACUCGCGCCGGGCCGCUCGGCUCGCACCAGCCGCCGCUGCGGCCCCGCGGGAAAGGCUCCGCCUCCGGCACCAGGGAAUAAAAAUAUGAACAAACAUUAUGGCUGUGCAAACUCAGUUUGGUUUUAAAAUGGACUGGAAUGCCCAAGCCCUCUGGCUUCUGGCAGACUGCUAAUAUGGGUCUCUGUCCUAAAGUUUCCUAUAUUGUUGGAGAAAGGAAUGCCAGGAAAAUUCACCUCUGCUAGACAAUAUCGUCAAGAAUCUCCCAGCUCCAGGCAAUGGAAACCAUAGAAAUGGAGAACAAAGAUAAACAUUGGGUGGAGAAGUUAUUUUCUCCUCAUUUUAGUGCACAAGAUUUUUUUAGUCAAGCCUAUCAGCCUGAAUCUCUGAUGUUUGAAAAAUUGGCUUUAGCGAGAGCAAAGAGAGUGGAAGAAAUCUACAAUAGAGCAAUUAAAAAUUUUCAAGAAGAAAAAAGCCUCAAAAAGAAAGACUGUUUUUCCAAACUCAUUGUACGAGAAUAUGAACCAAACAUAGUAGGUGCAAAGAUAAACAUUUCAAAGAAGGAAACAGAAGAGGAUUCUGGCUGCUGUGGAGCUGGUAAUUUAGAUGUUGGGACUGAAGAAAGCUUAAAGAAAACAGAGGGUCAUUGUAUCUGGAAUGCAAAGGAAUUAGCAGAUUUGCGACAAGAAAUGCACAAGAACCAUGUGGAAGGAGUUUCUCUGAAACUUCAGCUGUCCACUUUGAAUGCAGAGUUAGUGGAACUGAAAGCUAAAUGCAAAAAAAUACAAGUGGACUUUGAAAAUGCUGAACAAGAACUUCUAAACUCCAAAAAAGAGGUUCGCUGCAAAAAUACCCAAUUACAGCAGAUUCAAAAGGACAGCUUAAAAAAAGAUUUUGAGCUUCAAGCCUUAAAACAACAUUUACAUGAAAAAUCAGCAAACAUAAGAAGCUUAAAUGAAGAGCUGCUUCAGGCAAGAAAAGAAAUUCAGAGUUUGGAUCUAAAGAACAAGGAUUUACAACAAGAAGUUAAGAAGUUAAAACAGCAACAUGAUCUUGGAAAUAAGGCCUGCAUAGAAAAGGUGAAACUGCAUUAUGAUUUAAAAAUAAGAAACAUACAAAAAGAACUGGAGGAUGUUAAAAGUGAGCUGAGUGAUGAAAAACUUUUGCAUGCUAAGAAUGUUAAGGCUUUAGAAAUACUUAGGAUGCAUUUUUCAGCCCAACCAUUAUCUAAUAUAUUUGACAAUCUGAGAGUAGAUUUUCUUUAAAAUAAAACAAGGAGAGAGAAUCCUUGCUAGUUGCAGUCAAAAAGCCCUAGUAACUAUAUUUGCAGUUUUACUUGACUUUCUACUUUUCAAAUGCUUCUUGGUUUAAUGUUGAUCUUUUAUUGUUAAGUUUUAAGGCAGUCACGUAUGACAGUAAAACACUAUCUAGUUUUAAAAUAGCCUUGUUCAGAGUUUUGUUUGAGUGAAAUUGUACCUUGAUUCUUUGACAAGAGCGUCCCUGUGAGUCUUCAUGCCACUGACAUCCAUUAUACCCUUCCUGCAGUAAUAUGCAUCUCCUUUCUCCUGGAGAACUGCUUUGUAGAGAGGAAACAGUAGUUUGUAUUGAGAUAAAUCAUUGCUUUGAUACUUAAUUUGAAUGUUGGGUUCUGUAUCCCUCACUCUUUAGAUGUAUGAAUUGACAAAUGCUGAAUAAACAAAUUCUGACAUGUUCCAGUCAUCUUAAAUGCUACAAUGUCCUGACUUGUAUCUCUGAUUUUCUUUCUGUUUGGUCUGCCUGUGAUAGUUCAUGUCUGUACGGGUGUAUCCACUGCCACAGUACCAAUCCUUUAGUUUAGACAAUAUCACAUGCAGGUCCUUUGAUUACCCAGCAGGGUGUACUGUCUACACAGCUCUGAAGCAUAAUUCCACUAGAACCUUUAAAAUCUGCUGUACCCAGAUUUUACUUUCUUACAGUUUGCUAAAAAUCAUGUUGCUGUUACUAUAGCAUUUGGUUUGCAGUUUAUAUUGUUGCGCAUAACUGUUGUAACAAAGUUUUUUCUCUUUAAAAUCUCUUGGAAAUUCAUGUUAAAAUUAUGUGUUGAUUUUUGGAGAAGGUUGUACAUCUAUACCUUAAUUUGAAAUAAUAUUACUACUAAAUGUUUAAUUAUUAAAUAGUGCACCUGCAUGUGAGAGGAGUUAGUGAAUUUUUUCUAAACAGUCUGUGUGUUACAACUACGGUCUUUCUCUACUGAGAGUAUGAAUAUGAAUGAUUUAUUUAAUAAAGUAUGUGUUAUACACAG